GAAACAUGUCAAAGGCGGGGCUUAUUCUGAAAACAACUCGUACCUCAAACAGUUUGCCUAGCUGCAGCCCAGCCUGUCACACACGCUAGCUUCAUUGAAUUUAAAUUUGAAAACGGUGCUACAGAAACAAAAAUAAUGUCAGACGAGGAAAAUAUGCCAGCUGGAUGGGAGAAAAGAAUGAGCCGCAGCUCAGGCAAAGUGUAUUACUUCAACCACAUCACCAAUGCCAGCCAGUGGGAACGUCCGACAGGAGACAGCCAUGGAGAGCCAGAUAAGGUGCGCUGCGCUCACCUCCUGGUGAAGCACAAUCAGUCACGUCGUCCAUCUUCAUGGAGGGAACAGAACAUCACACGGACCAAAGACGAGGCGCUGGAACUCAUUCAGAAGUACAUAGAAGACAUUAAGUCUGGAGAGGAGAAGUUUGAGUCCCUCGCUUCUCAGUUCAGCGACUGCAGCUCGGCCAAGAACGGUGGAGACCUGGGAUUAUUCGGCAGAGGUCAGAUGCAGAAGCCUUUUGAAGAUGCCUCCUUUGCGCUGAAAGUGGGGGACAUGAGCGGUCCUGUUUUUACUGAAUCUGGAGUCCACAUCAUCCUGCGCACAGGUUGAAAAAGAAGCCACUUCCUCUCAUGUCUUCUAAAAACACAGUCCAACCCAACUAGACCUGAUAUAUAUUUAAAUGACGCCCCGCCACCCAAUUCCCUAAGCUUAUAGGCCGAAUCGCUUCUUUUUAAGUGGGAUCGUUUUGUUUCCAAGCACUAUUGAACAUGUAAUCACACUGAACAUCAAGGAACGAGCAGAUUAUCCUCAUGAGAGCUCGAGCUUUUAUUAACCCUGGCAAUGACAGUAUAUAACAACAUGAGUGCCUGUGACUCUGUUGAAGUGAGCGCAUCGUGGAGACAGUUUCACACGAUGUGCAAAGCUUGAGAACGCCUCUUUAAAAGCUUAAUUUUUGAAUGCGCAUGACUUCAAAAAGGACCAUUUACUUUAUGUUUCCCUCUGAACAUUUCUACUGUAUGUGUGCCAAAGCAGAUCUUGUUUUGGAAAAUGGAUUCAUAAGAUGUUUAAAGUACUUUCUAGUUUUCUAGAAAGCCCAGUCACUAUGAGUGCUCUACUUUGAUAUAUAGGAGUUGUCCUUUGCUUAUAUCGAGUAACAUAGAAUAAUCCACUUUAAAAAGUGCAUGCUUCAUUCCCCUUAGGAUAUUAUAAGAAGGCACUGUUGAAAACUUCCAGGUUUUAGCAAUCAGCUCCGCAGCUUUUAAAACCAUCAUACUUCAGAUGAACUGUUACACUGUUGUGUCGUUGAAUGGAGUUUUUUUUGCGUCAAUAAAAAAAAUCUCUUUUUUGUAA